UAAAAUGCGUCUGCUCCAAACACGCGAGUAUACAGGGUUAUAAGCACACAGUUGCGUGUUCGUGUAUUUUCUCGCGUGUAGUGCAAUUAAAAAGUAUGAAAUAUACCAACCAUAGUGUGAACAAGUCCUUGGUGUACGAAGAAGACAAGUUUGUGAAUGAAUCGAUAAACUGUCGUUCAUUCCUGUUACGGUAGAACUAAAACGCCGGUCUAGUGUCAGGAAGAUGGCAAAAAUUUACUAUACAGGAUUGAGCACUAGUAAAUUUAUUUGUGACGAUGAAUCUGACGACAGUACAAAUUUAGUAGUAAAUGAUCAAUUCAUCCCUGUACCUUGGGAAGAUGUAACCGAUAUUGAGAUCGGUUGGGAUUAUUUUCUCAUUUGGAAAAAUAACAAAGUUCACAUAGUAGGAAAAAUAGUCGGAGAAAAGUGUGAAAAAGUCAUCCAAUCGCUUCGAAUUCCUGACUGCGCAAAUACGAAUUUCAAACAAGCCAUAGCGGGCUCUGAAAACGUAACAGUUUUAACUGACGAUCAAGAUAUCUGGAUUCACAAUAUGUAUAAUGGAAAUUGGAAGAAAGUGCCGAAUUUCAUUUCAACUGCGGACGAGGACAAAAAAGAAUGCGUCGUUAAAAUCGCCCAGGGCCGAUGCACUGUAGCCUUGACGAAUUUGGGUCAAGUCUUCAAUAUUCCAAUAUCCCUGAAUGAUCCUGAAUCACUGAUAUUUAUCGACGUCGCUUGUGGAUACGAUCAUACUCUGUUGCUCGCGAAAGACGGUGGUGUAUAUUCCGUAGGAAUGGGAACGCGAGGACAACUAGGCCAUGGCGAUUUAGAAGAUUGCGAUGAGCCUAAAUUGAUAGAGGCGUUGGCAGGUUUGAAGAUAGUACAAAUUUCGUCAGGAGGAUGGCACAGUGCGGUUGUCACGGACCAGGGAGAUUUGUACACUUGGGGAUGGAAUAAUCAAGGCCAACUUGGUCAUCCGGAUGUGGAAAAUGUCGUAGCAGUACCAAAAAUCGUGGAUUUUAUCGAUGAGACUGAAGAAACGGUCGAAAUUAAUAUUAAAAAAGCACAAUGUGGCAGUGCGUUUACGAUUUGCAUGACAGAUAGUGAUAAAUUGUGGGGCUGUGGAUCAAACAAAUACGGCCAGUUAGGAUUGCCUAGAGAAGCAUUUACUUCUGUGAAAAAAUUUGUUGCCAUAAAACUUCCCAACAUUGAAAAGCCAAUCAGAGAUUUCAAAUGUCGUGAAUGGGGCAGUUGUAUUUAUACGUGACAGCAGAAGAAAGCUUUAUCUAAUCAAGUUUUUAUUACAUUAGAGCUAUUAGAGUUUGUUUCUAUUUCACUGUUUUUACGAGUAUACAUUACGUUGUCAGCCUCCAAGGCUUCCGAAAGUGGCAGAAUAAAACGAAAUUGAUUGAUAUCAAAUACCGAAA